AUAAAUUACUUAUUCCGAAGGAAAAAUAAGACGGCAUUAAUUUUUAAAAAGCCUCAAAGUUGUAGCGUCUUUCACUUACUUCAAGAAGAUCCACGGCAAUGGACGCACAACUUGAAGACGAAACGCCCUCAAAGGGUUGUAUUACCGUGUGCUUUGAACGCAUAUUUCAAAAGUUGAUUGAGUGCACACCGAAAUACAUGUACUUCAUCUUGGCAGCUGAUGGUUGAACUGUAGGGAAAUCACCUUCGUUUUUUUUUGUUUAAUUUGCGUUCAAAGAAACCUUUGGAACUGUAUUCGGCGCUGGCGUCUGAACUGUACAACAAAAAUCGCUAUCAAAAAUGGCCUUACGACUUCACAACACCAGACUAGUUGAUGGCGGAAUCUGUUGUUUUAAUUUUAUCUUUGAGGAGUUUUCCAGUAUUGGAGAGAAAGUCUACUCAAGGCCCUUCUUUUUUGCCGGAUCUCGAUGGCGUUUACAAGGUGGAGUGAAAGGAGGACAGUUUGGUGUAUUUCUCCGCUGGCUUGGAGGUGGGCAGCAUACUGAUAAAGUUAAAUGCAAUAUCCGUUUCUCUGUGGAAGUUAUCAACAACAGAGACCCCUCAAGCUCUGUACGGGUUGGAAAUAUGACAGAACCAGAUGAGUUCCCAAGAGUAGCCUUCGGCAUCGGCUGGAGCAAGUUACUGUCUGUGGAGGAAAUCGAGAGGCCCAAUUCGGGCUUUCUGGACGAUAACUCUUUGUUCCUGGAGGUCAAAUGUUGCAUGGUGCACUUUUUAUUUGAGGAUAAGCUGGUGAUUAAUUUGUCAUCUCGUACUAGUUACGUGUCCAGUUCAAAGUUUUCUGUGUUCGGCGAAGAAUGGUACCUUGUAUUGUAUCCUAGAGGAGAACCCAAGAGUGACAAUUCUGAAAGCCAAAAACAAGAGCACGCUGCCGUGUAUCUUCACAGAGAAGAACCAGGCGUGUUAAGAUUCAAGGCCACUUACUCCAUAUUUGUGCGAGGAGGCCGCGAGACGCAAGUCAGUCAUCAUUUCUGCAACAACAACGCCAGCACAGCAUUUGGCAUUGAGAAGUUUGCACGCACCAAAGAUCUUAAGGCUGUCUCCAAAGGAGGCUUGGUUUCCAUUGGGGUCAAAAUCACCAGCAUCGAGCCUUACUAUUACUUUGGGUUUGACACACAGGGUUGGUCGCCUCCCAACAAACUUGGAGAAGGAUGUUCUAUAAAGGACGUGUUCCCUUUGUUGCUAAAGCCGUGCUCGAAUGACAAGAAAAUGUUGGAUUUUAGUCUGAUGUUGGACCCUGGGCCAAAAUUUGAACAUGCAGAACUGGAGGAUAGUGCUUACUACAUGAAGAUCCUUUGGAGUAUCAAUGUGGUGUGUGUUAAAGAUUUUAACAGAAGUGUAACCGUCAACUCUUGGGAUGUCGUUGGUAAGAGCGCUUUCUGUCACAGCCAGGAUGAAAUGACAAUAAAUACAACUCUGGAGCUAAACGAGGUACUCUUCUAUUCAUUUAAUAAUCAUAAAUGUUUAAGCCACCUACCUUGUACUCCUUCUACAAAUCGUUUCAGCGGUACUGGACGUUUAGGCAUUUCGAUUCCAACAUUUCUAUUCCUGCCACUUAAUCUUGUGUGUAUUGGAAACGGUUUUACUCUAACUAUCCCUUAUUUGACUUUGAUUCAUCAUAGGAGUAGACUUUUCGCAACCCUCUACUUCACUGCAUCUCUUUUACAUCUUUUGAGCGUUCUUAUAAUUAAACUUCAUAAAAUCAGGAAUUUGGGGGGGGCGGGGGUCAGUCCAAAAUUAGCGAAGAGUACGAUCUCUAGACGGUUGAGACAUUUUGUUAUUGUUUACAGCGAAUGGUUUUGCCAAGGUAUUCAGACAGUUCAGCCCCUUUAUCCCCGAAGCAAAAUACAGCGAGACGAUUCCACCAAAUAAGAAAUAUAAUCCCAUCCAAAUUAACGAUAUUGAAACAAAAACGCAAUGUACAGUACUACGACAAACAAAUCAUUGAAUGUUUUAUUGCUCCUUCCCCUAGGUGUUGAACCCGCAUAGCCCCUACUUGGAUGACGAGAAGAAUUUGGGAGUUCGCCUUGUCAUGGCAAAUGCAAAUGAAGUUUAUGAUCCACUCCUGAUCAACUCUGACAAACACAGCGUGGCAAAGUUGAGAGAAAUGAACGCUCAGACAAAAGCUGCUGUGGAAAAUUUCUGGUAAGAUUAGUGUUGCAAGAAAAGCCUUUACAAAGAGGCAAUCGACUUUUUUUCCUCACGAAAACUUGUAAAAAAAAAAUUAGAGAAUCGCAUGUUUUGAAAUUCAUUUACCUAAAAACAACGCAGCCGUGGUGGAAACGCAUAAUCAAAUAAAUAUUUAAUUAUUUGUCAAUUAGGGUAUCAGUUGGAUUAGAUAAAGACCAUUACAAUCCACUUGUUUCAUAGGAAGGACCAAUUAGACGAAAUUUAUUCUGAGAAAGAUAGAAUAAUAGCUGACAAAGAAGAAGAAAUCGCAGCAAAAGAAGAGGAACUAAACCAGAAAGAGGCUGCUAUCCAGGCACUGGAGAACGAGAUUACUGAGAGCAAUGAGUAUCUGGCAGAAAUUGAGAGCACUGUUGAUGAGGUAUGGCAAGCAUCUAUGCUGUGAGCUAAGGACAUCAAAGAAAAAUAACAAAAAUCCUACUCUUUAGGAGCCCAAAGAAUAUUCCACUCCACUUCCUAUAAAAUGUUUAAGGGAAAUAUUGCUGGUUUGUGCUCAAACGAAAACACAUGCGAACCCGCGCACAGGUAGCAUGAUCACACAGCCACGGAACAAUCUGAAAGAUAAGUUAACGUCGCUUCCUCUUCUGAAAAUGUUUCUAUGUUAUGAUCUCUUGGUUUUUCCUCUGUACAGAUUGACGGCAAGAAAGUGAGCAGUAUAAAGGAUCUCGUACAGGAAGCUCAACCAGAUGAAGAAGAACUUACUAAGCAACAAGAAGUUGGAGAAAAAUUGAAGGCAUUUUUAAUGGCGAGUGUUCAUUAACAUUGCCUUAACACUUAAUAUGUGAAACACUCAAUGUGUCUUAAUUCCAAUUUUCUUAAGCACUAGCGAAAAAUUCCCCACGUGAAGGACUAAAGAAUUGAUUUAUUUUUGUAUGACCUAACAGGAUCGCCUCCCAUUCAGCGUCAGCCGUAUUUCAGUUGUUGGAGCUGCAGGACAAGGAACUACUAUCAAAGGCAACAAGGAAUUAGAACUGGCCGUGUUUGUCAAAGGUUUAGUGUAUGUUUAAAUUCUCCCUUCGCCAUCAAGGAGUCUAUCGUUUGAAAAUUUUAAAAUCUGACCACCCAUCCCUUAUCAGUGAUAAAAAACUAAGCUAUUUACAAAUUCCUGACGGCAAAACUUAGCUAAGCAUGAGGUCAAGAAGACUGUUGUUACAUAACUGUGACAAAGCAACAACCAUGUAAAAAGAACUGACAAAGUCCCAUUCGUUUAUUAGAUCUUCCUAGAACUGAGCAUAAAAGUUGGUUGCCAGCCAUAGUUUUCACUAUCAAGACCCUGCUGAAACAAGAAGGAUCUAAACCAACAGAGAGCACAGAUGACAACCAAACGACUUCAACACUGCCACCAUGUUCAGACUUUGUGACUACCUCAACAUCUGUCAAGUUCAAAUGUGAUAGUGUGGAUGUAACAAUUGACCCAAUGAAUGACUGGGAGCAAAUGGGAGGAUUCGUUGGUUUAUAUAAACAGUGCCUUUCCCAACCAGCAGAUGCUCAGCCAUUGUAAGUGCACCCACAAGACAUUUAAAAGAGGCCCCUCCCAUUUGAGUAACACCAUGGCAACUAUAGAAAGGCCACUGAACUGAGAUGUCAUAAGAACUAUGAAAGUAACUUAAACAAAGUGUUUUGUCGAGAAAUUCUAUAAUUGAUCAUUAAGUUAAUUUAUCCACUAAUGAGAUACGUUAUAGUGAUGUCAUAAUACUAAUGUAAGUCAUUUGUCACCUGUGGACCUAGCUGACUCACUGGGUAAAUAUCAAAUCGUUUCGUAUACUUUAUUAUCUGAGCAUUUCAUAACAAUGUAACUUCCUCUUAGGAUUCAAACUCAGUUCUUAUUGUCUGGCAGUAAAAGUCAUCAAUAAAGAUGUUUGAUAACAAUGAACCAAAAACCCACAACUGACGAAACGCAAAGGUCAUACAGUGGAAUUUUUUUCUAGGGGAUUCACUGAAAACUAGAAAAAUUGACCCCAUACAUUUAGGGGACACAUUCAGGACUUGAAAAAUUGAGCGCCUCUUUCUAUCUAUUUUCAUCUUUAUCUAGCUACUUAUAAGAGAAUCAAAGAUUCAGGAGAAUUACAUUCUCCAUCACAUCACACUAUAAAUUGUAAAAAUGUUUGCAGACUUUAUCAUAAUUCAAGGCACUCAAGAACACUGAGGUGAUUAAAAAUUUGUAUGGAAACUUUCGUAAAGUUCAGCAUACUCAACAGCUAAUACAUAUGUCAGAAAUCAUUUUUUCCUUUCUCUUGUUUUAGUUAUAACAUCUGCGCCUGUGAAAGACAGACAGAAUUUAUUUCUAUACAGAAUCCAAAGGUAUUGUUUGGGCUGUGAUUCUAUACAGGGUUUUUCUUGAUCUCUCUGACUUUUUCUCAAUAUUCAGACAACUCAACACUCUUUGGAGAGGUAUGUGAACAUGGUAUCUCUACAACAACUGUAUGGAUUUUGUUUAUCCUUUUUUUUUUUUGCAUCACUGAAACUUGAAAAUAAAUUUUAUUUAGAUAAAAGAACCACUACCCUGAUACCAAAAAGGUUUCACUUGAAAAAAAAAUCAGAGCAAUGUUUCUAUUUCUACAUUAGUGCAAGGAGCUGAUCCGUAUUGUCAAGGUGUGGAGUAACAGCGUUGCCUGGCGGAAUACCUCAUCCACACCCAGUCAGUACCUGUUGUGUCUGCUGGUGACUGCAGCUUAUCAAGUGGUUCACGAGUAAGUCUGGUAUUAACAACACGCAAAAUACCUUUCACAAAAAUGUAUAUUUUGAGGUGUUUUGGGGUUAAGAGAUUAAUCAAUAUGGAAUGAUACAAAUAUAAAAACUCUUGAAUGAGAAAUUUACCAAGUUACUGUGUAAGAGUUCCUGUAAAAGAAAAUUUGCCAAUUCUUUCCUUAGAGUGGUCAGUUUUCCAAAAGAAAAUUAUCAAAAAGCAAUUGUGCAAUGGCUGCUUAAACAUCUUAGUAAACACAAGCUUAAAGUUUGUUCCUUUUUCAUUCUAUACAAAUAUUAAAAUGCAAAGCAGUUGUGAACACCUUUAUAUAUCUACAUACCAUGUGCUUCAAUGUGUUAUUAUGCAAUGGUUGAAUUCUAAAGGGGAGGUGAUCAGUCCCAAGCAGUAAGAGCAGACAAAGAUGUUUUCUUGGAACUUGCUGACAUGGUUGGAGAUGAAUCUUUAGAGUAAGUUUAAUAGAUACCAGUACACACAACUUUUUUUAGAAAAAAAGUAUUUCAUAUUGCAUGAUAUUAAGAGAAGACAGCAACAGCAUUUCUAAAAGUUGAUAAAUCUAUCUAUAAAAUAUUUCAAAUUAUUAGAUACAGACAAUACACAUCUUUAGAAAUGUGGCUUCCCUUUAUCUAACUAUGAAAAUGGAUGAAUUUUUAAGCAGAGCUUAUUUACUUAUUUAUUUAUCUAAAAAAAUUUAGGCUGAAGGGAUUUACACUUGGGUCACCACAUGACAUAACAUUUCAUUCCUCCAUUUGUUAAGUUAAGUUGGUCAGUCAGUUGGCAGUUAGCUGGCAGUGAGUUGAUCAGUGACUCAGAAACUCAUUGAUAUUCAUUCAGUUUUCCCAUUACUCUGUCACCCAUCCAUCUAUCCAGCCAUUCAUUCAAUAAUUGACUCUUUAAUUUAGAGAUAUUUCUGACACAAUAGUUUUCAUCUCAUUUUAUCCAGAGUCUACUGGAAUGAAUAUUACCUGGUAGAAGACUAUCCCAGGGAAAAUUUUCCAGUUCUAUUUCAACUUCCCAUUGUUCAAGACCCUGCCAUUCCAACACAUAAUGUGGCAUCUGAUGGACUAGAGGACUGGGCACAAUUCAGGAGAGAACUGUCAAAAUGGGUUGCAAAAUUAACUCUUUGAUACACUACAUUGAUAUGUUGUAACAUCAUUCAGUUAAUAAGCUCUGUAAAUGUUUUUUGUAAGCAUAAAUCUUCAGAAAUGUAAGUUGGAAAAAUGUAGUAAUGCUGAGUUGAUAUGAGAAAAAAAUGCAAAAAAUUCACCUUUGAAGGUACAUUGUAUCCUUAAGAGAUAAGAGAACAGCUGCCAUGAAGGAUAUAAUCCGCUUUAAAAAUCUUUGCCAUAGUACUUUCUUAAAUAGUGUUAGAAUAAAAACACUUAAGAGACAAUAGCUACGAUGACUAGCACUAAAAAAUAUUUUAAGUGAUUUAACCUGUGGAUUUCAUUCAAAGAUAGUUCAAUAUUUAUGAUGUAACCUCAAAAUUUACACAUUGAACAUAGGGGUAAAAACUUUAAAUAAGCAAGUAGUCAGUGACUCAGUAUUUAGUUCAAUGAAUUGCUUUUACCAUUGGUAUUUAGGGCCUUCUUCUAGUUAUUAUAUCAUUUUCUUUUUGUCAUGUGGAUGCAGAAGGAAGAAAUCUGUAAAAUCAACAGCACAAACAAUUUUUUUGUUUUUAUAAAGAUGUGCGUCUAUAUGAUAAAAUUGUGAUUCCUAUGUAGAUUAAAUAUCGUAAUAGUUGUGAAAUUUAACUGCCUCAUCACUAUUUUAAUUUUUUAAGUAUGAGCAUUUUGAUGGAUGAUUUAUUUAAUAAAUGGUUUAUCUACUGCUGGUAAACAGGUUUUAUACUUGUGAACUUACAUAAAACUCCAUAAAUUAUGUAAUUAUUGAGUAGCAAAACAGUAUUAUAAUUUAUUACAUUCCCAUCAAUAUCACUGCCUAUACUGACCACAUCUCGAUCAAACAUAUUUUUCCAAAUGGAUGGAACUCAAAAUUUUCUCCCUCUUGAAAAAAACAUUUAAAUUUGAAGACAUUUGUCUAAACCAGAGUAUAUAAUUAAAGGUGGAAUAGCAUAUAGUCGCAAUUUCUGAUACUCCAUUAACACCAUAAUUAAACAUAACCACUUUUAUAUAAAUUUCUGUCUUCCACACUCAGACUGUACACAGCACAUAAAACAACCUGCCCUAUCUACAGUAGAUACAACUUUCUACUUUUUUCUUCAGUAGAUACAGCUACAAAGAGCUUUACCUACUGCAGAUAGUGAAAAUAGCUCUAUCCAAUGUAGACAGUGUAGAUAGCUGUAUCUCCUGUUGUGAGUAAAGGUUAAACGAAGUAUCUGGCAGUGACUACCUGUACCAGUAUAUGCUCUCCUAGCCUGAGCACGGGAUUGAAUGGAUGAAAAUAUCUUGAUAACAUGUUCCCAUAUUCCUUCGUCUUUUUCCUGUAAUGUAUAAUUUGGCUGAUGUACCAUUUUUCGGCACUGUCCUUCUGUCAGCAAAACUUAACCAUGUUCAAGAACCGCUAUACGCGAAAUUCAGCCAUCUAUCAAGUGGUUUCGCGUUAGCUUUAUAUGAAGUUACCCUACUCCGCUGACAUUACCCUCAGGUCGCAGGUGAUGUUCACCAAUCAGAGGCUUUGUUAGAAGACGCGUGCUUUUCAAACCGAACUCUUUCGACAACAAGCAACACAUCCAGUCAAAACAGAACUCGUUACAACCGAAAACAUGUUUAGUCCACUCGAAGAUCAGGAAAACCUGCCUGUUGGGGUAAUCUCAUACCCUUAAUGUUUCGUAUUGAGGUUAUUUUUAGGUCUUUUUUUUUUAGGUUGAGCAUGUGGCGAUCAGUGUGACCACGUUCUGUAAACGGAAUUUAGAUCGAAACGUUCUGUGUGAACGAAUUUAAUCAUGGCGUAGAUCAUUAGGCUGUAUGAGAGAUCUUGAAUUGAAACGGUCAUAGGGUUACUUUGUAAUACACCAAAGAUUAAUCUAAAAUUUAUUUCACACGGUCUCAUUCGCAAAAAUCCUUAUGAGAUGAAAAUCUCAAGACUUCGUUCGAACUGAUGUGAACGCCAGCUAAACACUGCCUUUUGGCCUCUUUUUUGCAGUCUCGUUUGUUCCAUUUCUCCCUCGAGUCUACAUGUUCAGUUUUUAUCCCUUUUCAAAGCGAGUGUUUUGUCUGACGAUGGUAGUUGUCCGUUUGCUGAUGGUUGCUGGUGGUUAACAGAACAUUCAACCACACUGAACAGGCGGGGGUUCAAGCUUUUACCAGGGAAUAGGAUUUUUUAUUGUACCGUGUUUCUGCACUUGAAAUUUUACGCGUAAAGAAUAGAACUGCAUAUGUCUUAUAGCAUAAACACAACAUUUAACCUGGAUGAUCAUUGAUUGACAGGUGGCGGCCUUGGUUACUCCUGCCAGACGACCACUUAAGAGUGUUUUUGACAGUCGUGUGAACCAUGGUACCCCAGCCAGACAGCAACGUUCAGAUCUGUCUAAAAAGUUUCUUUUUAAACAUAAACAGAAAUCAAAGAGGCGCAGUGCCCCUGUGCAUAACUUGUAUCAGUUGAUACCUGCAAUGGUCAAGUCAAGAAUACUAACAGCUUCUCCAGUUCAAGAGCAAAGUCCAAUAGGGAAGGAGAUAAGCGGUUGUAAUAUGUUGUCUUUGAGUGAUAAAGGAAAAGAAUCUUUGGCUGAGAAAGUUGUUGGAGAAAUCAUAAAAGAAGUAGAUAAGGUUUGAAUUGACCGCACAUAGUCAUGGCAUCAUUUCUACAAUGUACAAAGACCUACUUGCAGAACAUUUCGAUGUUGCACUUUUUGAAUAAAGAGACUUUGACCUUUUCGUAACAAAGCACAAUGUCUAUAAUUUCUAAAAAGAGGUAUGAGGUAUCAAAUCAGGUAUUUUAGUCCACAACUAGAAACAGAAGACAGCUUAAAAAAUCCCUUCCACCCAUCUCACUUGUUUUGUUUUGUUUUGUUUUUUUUUCUCCUCAAAGACUGUUAUCUUAAUUUCUUAAUAUCAUGUAUAAUGUUUCAUGUAUUUCAUGGUGAAAGAUUUUGAGUAUAUUUUUGCAAGGCUCUGAUUUUGGCCAAUAUAGGUUAUUAUGUUAACAGUCUAAAAAAAUAAUUCAGUUUUUUAUGACAAAUAAAUGAACUAUUCCAAAUAAUCUUUGAACACCUGUGCAAAGGUCACCACAGAACUUAAUAAUUAAUAAGUAUUUUGAAUGAGCAUAAAUUAAUCCGAAGAUGUUCCAUAAUGCAUGACCAUAAACAAAUUGAUUAAUACUUUCUUUUAACAGAGUGAAUCCAAAGUGAAAGAGGAAUCCAUGCCAAGGAAGAUGGAUUCAAAUGAGCUAAUUAUUCUGCAGAUGAAUAAAGAAAGAUUGAGGCUUGAGAAACAAUUGUCCCAAUUGAUGAAGGUAAGCUUCUCCCAGACAUCUUUCUAAAAUCCUUCUUUUUUUUUAUCUUGAAUAAAAUAAUUUUACCUGUAAUUUUUUUUGAAGUUGUUAAUUGGGAAUUUUCCUAUCUGAAUGCCAGGUUUCAAAAAGUGAAAUUUUAAAUGGAUUAGUUUAGAAAUCAGCAAUCUAAAAAAUAUUUGCAGGUAGCAAAAUUUACAUAUUUAUCAAAUCAUAAUGAUGACAUUGAAUGAAAUAUCUGGGUAUAGAAAUAAAUGAGCUCAUGCUAAAUGCAAAUAUUUCAAUGACAUGGAACAAAAGAGAGAAUUUUAGAAUACCGUUGUUAUAUUAAAUGUAAAUAUUUGAAUGUAAAUAUGUUAUGUUAGAAGAACAUUUUUUUAUGUUUAAUGGGUCUUCUCGAAUGAAGCAGGAUUACUAUGUAGAAAUUGUUUGUUUAAUAUUCAAAAUACAAGUUUCAAGUUAAAUUGAGUGAUAUGAACAGAUUUUCUUCUAUGUUUAGUUAACAAUAUCAUGACAAGUCUUAGAGCACUGUUUGAUUAUUUUGAAUUGGUAUUUGUAUAUUUCAGGAGCAGUCAAGAACAAAGAAAGUACCCAAUGGUACUUCUAAUUCCAAUGCAAUAAACACCAAUGGAUUGGAAAGGGAAUUAGCAAGGAAAACAAAGGAACUUUUUGAAUUGAAACAGCAAUUUGAUCAGUUACAAGAAAUGUUGUUGGAAGUUCCUGAAUUGAAAAAGGACUUACAUAAAAGUAAGCAAGAAACCAAGGGACUUGGUGAAGUACUUUUUGCAAGUCGGAAAAAGACUGUCCAACUAGAAGAUCUCGUUAAGAAACUAAACAAACAAAUUAAAGACAAGGAAAAGCUGAGUGAACACUGCAUGCAACUUCAAAAGAGUUUGGAGAGUAUAACACAAGAAAGGGAUCAAAAUGGCACUGAAGUGGAGAGACUUAGGAAGGACUUAGAGCAAAAGGAAAGUGAAGUCCAAAGAAAUAGAGAUCACUGCAUUACAUUGAAAGAACUUGUAGAUAGGCUAGAGGUGAGAAAUUUCAAAUAUAUUUUUAUCACCAGAGUUUGUUUUUGCAUAAGCAUUGUCAGGGAAAAUUGCUUCUCUUUGCAAGUAAAGAACAGGAACCUUGGAAGCAAAGUUGACAUGAAGGUCACUAUAUCUUGAAAUGCUGACAAAAAGUGUCCCUUUUCUAAUCUCUAUUGACAAAUUCUUUCUAUAUAACAUUUAAUCUCUCUGGCACUUCCUUGCUGCUAAACAGAUUCAGUUUCUUUGUUGUGUUUACCCUCACACAACUUGUCGGGCAUGGCAUGCUCAAGGUUAUUACUACUAACAAAGAUGUGUUUUGAUGAAAGAGUUAUUUUCAAGAUAAGUCUUUGCCUUAUUGAGCUCAUCUUUCUAAUUAUCCAUUAAAAUUAUUUGCCAGAAUGCUUCUUCAGAUGCAGAGCACUAUGUGACCUCCAGUAAGGAAAAUGAAACAAUACUGCAAUAUCAGGUAAAGUAUCUAUUUAAGCUGUGUCCUGAGUACAGUGUUGCCCAACCAUGUUCUACUAUUUAUCGAGGUAGAUUUGUCUCAACUAAUUGUGAAUUACACCUUUUUCUCUCCCCAUUAUCAGAUAGAUGAACUUAGUUUAUCUUUGGAGUCAAAUUUGCUUGCUUUAGAGGAGGGAAAGAAACUCAUUAUGGAGAGAGAAGAUGAGCUGAAAAAAUCAAGGUAAUGAAUUGAUAAAAACAAUAAUUGUUUUGAAAUUAGUUUUGUCCAAGAGCUUCCUUGUAAGCAUAGUCCCAUUAACCCUCUAACUCACAAGAUCUACUUGUUAAUUCUCCUCUCUAGCUGCUAUACAUUUCUUUGUAAAUAAGUCACAAGAAUUUGGUGUUAGCUCAAGACUACUAACUUCUACCUGAUAAGUUUGGGUAUUCUCAUCACAUGUUGGUUGGAUCUUGUGUGGAUAUUAUAGGGAGAAGUUACAUGUUAGUCACCUAUGGGAGUUAAAGGGUUAACUGGAUGACAAAAAGUCAGCUCAUGAAAAAGUGAACAAUUUUUUCAAAGGAACUGUAGAUUAUUGGAGAAAAGAUGACACCAGAAUUUGUUCAGCUCUAAGUAUUAUGUGGAAUAGUUCAUCACACAUUUUACCUUAUGAAACUGUGAAUACUUGAAUAUGUAACUCACAAUUUUUUUGUACCAAAAAAUGGAAAAAGUACAAAACUGUUUUGUUUUUUUUCAAUUUUAGAGAAAGUGAAAAGGAACUACGAGACCAGUAUGAGAAGCAAAGUGGACAAUUGAAUCAUUUGACAGAAGAAAUUGACACAGCCAAAAUGGAAAUCUCAAGGCAGAAGGAUGUUAUAAUCAGACAACAAAGGGAGAUGGAAGAUCUGAGAGUAAAACUUGCAAAUUCCAUGGAGCAAAUAGAGGUACGUCAUAAAUCAAGAGAACCAAGUUUUCAAGUCAAAUAUUUCUUUUAAAUUAGAAUACUGAGACUGUUGUUUGUAAAUGCUUGUUUUCUCCAAAACAGUGUACAUUGAUCUGUCAAUUUCCCAGUUCACAUCUCAAUUCUUGAGUUGUUUUCAGUGAGAAUCAUGACGUGCACCAGCUGUUCCUAUAUAUUCUUAUGCUUGAAUUUGCACUUACAGAAAUGCUACAGAUGCUGGAUUUAUGGACUGUCACCGUGACUUGUUUUUGGGUGAAAUUCUGUUGCUUCUGUUAGCUCAACAUUUUCUUUUUUUUUUGUUUUUGUCAUUUUCAGUACAUACAGCUGCAACAACAAGAGAUGAAUGAAUUCACGGAAGACGAACGAAGAAAUCUAGAAGUUACAGUGUGUGAAAUGGAAAACGAGGUAAGUACGAUAUGAAUACAUUUUUUUGUCCAAAAUCAUUGGCCAACAUCUGUGCUGGCACUCUACAGAAAAGUCUUGUCUUUCUUUUGUUUGUAGUUGAAGCUGACCAAACAAGAAAGAACACAAAUAAAUGCUUCUUUGAGACGGAAGUCUGAGAAGUAUGAUGAACUUGUUCAAGAGGUGAAACAAUCUAGGUAAGGACUUCAAUCACAUGACUGUAUUGUAAGAAUAGAGUAUGUACUCGGCGUAGAUUCCCCGUGUGCUGUUUUUUUGGCAAACUAAAUCAUGUUGCCUCGUUGGUUUUUAAAGAGGCCUUGUUUUAGGCAAAUAGUAGGUUAUACAGCCACACCACAACUUUCCAAUUUGUAUCUCUAUUUUUUUAGGGAUCUGUUGCAAGAUAAGCAGGAGGAAUUGGAUGCCACGCAGUCCCAGGCUCACUGGAUUGUCUUACAGCAAGAAGCAAUGAUAACAGACACCACAAAAGAGCUGAGCGAAAUCUGGGAUCUUGUUAAUGAUCUGCUCGUGGAAUUCAACAAAGAAGCGUUUGCGAUACAGGUAAAUCCGAAUUACUGUAUUCGUGUUAACUUGCUACUGUUCUCUUAUUCAUCGAAUUUUUUGAACGGAUUGUUUAGCCCUUUAUUUCUACCUCUAGGUCGACGAUGACGAGAAGGAAAAACUGGACGAGCUUACGUCAAGUACCCCAGAAUAUGACCCAAGCAAGAAGUACUCAGUGCCUCCGAAUAAGUCUCUUGUGCAGAUUAUUUUAGAAGCAACAGCAGUGAGGGAUAGAAACCUGGAAUUUAAAACGGUGAAAACAUCUCAGCUUAAAAUAGUUUGAAAUUUUAUGAGCUCCUUUCUCUGAAGGCCUUAAUGUUUUGCCUGUUUAUGUUGCUAUUCAAAAUGCAUACUCAUAGUAUCGAAGAUUUCGUUGAUUUUUAAAUCAAGUUUGUGGUGACUUUACUCAUUUGGAAGUUGUUUGAUUUACUUCUCAGCCAGAGAAACGUUGUCACAAGUUAAGCCCCAUUCCUGAAGUAAUCGAGGAAGAUCAAGACUGUUCUCAAAUUUCUGAAGAAGAAGAAGAGAAACUACCUUCACUCACUGCGCAAGCGGUGGAACUUAAACAAGCAUUAAUAGGAUUGACGGAGAUAUGUAGAAAAAACAUCUUCACGGUUCAGACGCAAAAUAGUGUUGGUAGAUUGUUACAAGAGAGGUAGAUCAUGAGUAAAUCGUUUCUCGAAACUUUUGAUUUUGUCUUAAAUAACUGAAAAGUAAAUUGAAGGGUAGAGCAUUCCUAGCUGACAAAUUAGACUAAUAAAAAGCUUACCUCUUCUCCUAUACCCAGGAUUUUAUUAGAGAAAGAACACAGGUCUUCUCUUGAUGAAGUCAUGAUGCAGCUUGAGGAAUCAAGAAAAUCCGAAACAAAUCUGGGUCGAGAAAUCUCAAAAAAGAACAACCAGAUAACUACACUGCAACAGCAACUCGAGGAAAGCAGAAAUGAUUUACACCAUUCAUUUCAAAAGAUUGAAUCGCUCAGCGAGCAGUAUGAAAAGACCAUAGACCAACAGGCCAAAAUAACGGUAAAUUUUGCUUCAUGUUAUUCGCAUUUUCGAGGGCGUGUUCGUAUACUACUCAGUCAGCUUAUCGAAGAACUAAGUCAUUUUUCAAAGGCAGUAAAAAAAAAGAGGACGUCCAUGGCCUACAAAAUGUAAAUAUACUUUUUUUACCCUUGAGUGUCAGCAAAGUUGAAGUGUCAUUUGUUCAAAAAUUUUAACCAAUUUGAAAAUCGUGAACAAUGUUGUUUUGCAAUUUACGCUUGUGACAUGAUGUACUUUCCAGGAGCUGACCAACGAUGUACGGCGUUUCUCCGAGCAAGUGAAAACCCUCCAAAACGAGAAAGAAAGCUUGUCGCAACAACUGAAAGAAAGCCUUGAUACAUUGAACCAACUGUCACAUGUGCCAUCGAAAGAACCCGACCUUCACAAAUCCCAAGACGUCCUUGGGAAACUAUUAGCAGAAAAAUUCAACCUAGAGGAUCAGGUAUUCACAAAACUCGUAAACAGUAAAACAAGUGGGCAGCCGCAUAUUUUCCCGCCAAAAUGACCUUAGUUCACCCGUGUGACCAUGCUCUGUUAGUAUCUUAGUGUAUCAGACGGUCUGUCGGUCUGUCAGCCUAACUGGGUAAGUUUCUUUGAUCCAAAAUUAUGUGUUGAAAUGAAAGCCAAGAGUAUUCCUAUUAAAAUAGAUACCCAGGUUAGAGAUGUGUCUCUCUAACAACUGCACUGUUUUUCUCCAGGUUCGUAAGCUGAAAGAGAAGUCCGUGACAUAUCGACUCGAAACACAGGAUCAUAUGAUUGAAUACAAAUGUAGAACAGAGUCGAAGGUAAAGAUCUUGCGGAGAGGGUUUAUCGUAAUCCUGCCCCCACGCCCCCUCCUUAUGAUUCCACAUACCCCUCCCCUCAUCUCCUCCCCUCAGCACUUCUCACUCCCAGUCUCUUUCCUUCAGAUGCGUGUCCUUGAGAGUAACAUCCGAAAAGCAGAGACUGAAAUUUUUCGACUGGAUGGCUUGGUAGAAAAGAUUAGACUCGUAAGUAUUGCAAGAGAUGGGUAAUUUAUCAUGGUGUUGCAUUACAUAACUAUGAAAUUAUCAAGUUCAGUGAUAUAAUUUCCCUCUAUACAGGUCCUUCACCAGUAUGAUGACGUAAUACGAAGCUGCCCGGAGUUGAACAAGUUGCUUUAUUUUCUAGAUGGCGAAGAUAUUCAAUAAGACACUUACAUGUAAUUUACAUCCAUAUUCGUCCGUGUUCAUUUUUACUAUUAAUGCCGAUUAAUAUAAUUUUCAGAUUUGUAUUUAGUCUUUCUUCGCUUCCGAGUUCGUACGAUUCCUUCUGAUUGACAGUUACUUCUGAUAUUGGAUCUUUUCUGACUGAUUUUGUAAAAGAAAAGUUUAUCGAUGUAAGAUGAAACUUAACACAAGCCAUAAGAAAUAUUCAUUUCCUAGUUUUAAUUUUUUUCCUUUUCCCGGCUCGAAACUAUUCCCAUCUCCUUGAGAACCUGACACGGAAGCGGGUAGAUAUAAGGCCUUCUUUCUUUGUGAAGAAACUUCUCG